UUCAGCUCCCGUUACAGCGUGUAGUUACUUAGGUUGCUCCGACCUGUCUCCAACCCUGGCGAUGCUGCCUAGAAACCCACCGCGAAUGAAUGCGAAGCGAACGGGCCACAGCAGAGUCAUGCCAGAGAUUAUUUGUCUCGGAAACUCCAGUCUUCUCCUGUGACUCGAAUUCCAAAUCCCAUCAUCGUCGCCAAUUGCAACUCCACGGACAAUCCUCACCUUCCCUCACCAUGGCGGACAAGGAAGCCACAGUCUAUGUCAUCGACCUGGGUGAGUCCAUGGCCGACUGUCACAAUGGACGUAAUGAAUCCGAUCUCGAGUUUGGCAUGCGCUACAUCUGGGACAAGAUUACAACUACCGUGGCAGCCAGCCGCAAGACCUGGAACGUGGGUGUCGUGGGCCUCAACACCGAUGAGACCAACAACAACGAAAACAGGGAAGAGUAUCAGGGUUACGAGAACAUAUCGGUUCUCCAGGAGCUUGGGCCCAUGACCAUGGCUUCUUUACGAGCACUAAAGAGCAAGAUUGAGCCAUCCAGUACCUCCAGCGCAGACGCUAUUUCGGCAAUCGUGGUUGCCCUCAGAAUGAUCCAAACCUUUACGAAAAAGUUGAAGUACAAGCGGAAGAUUAUCGUCGUAACAAACGGGGAGUCGCCUAUCGAUGAUGAUCAGUCUGAAGAGGUAGCGAACAUGCUCAAUGACGUGGGAAUAGAGCUUAUCGUGCUCGGUGUGGAUUUUGACGAUGCCGAAUAUGGCUUCAAGGAGGAGGAUAAGCCACGCCACAAGGAGCAAAACGAGAAAAUCCUCAAAACGCUGGUAGACCACUGUGAGAGCGGCGCAUUCGGCACCAUGGCACAAGCAGUGGAAGAGCUUGCCACUCCCAGAAUCAAAUCCGUCAGGCCUUUCAAGGCAUAUGAUGGCCCUCUGACGCUCGGAGACCCCCAAAAAUACCCGAGCGCGCUGAGCAUUCAGGUUGAGCGCUACUUCAAGACCAAGAGAGCAACACCCCCGUCAGCGAGCAAUGUGGCCAACCCUAACGGACCGCCUCAGACGCAGGUUUGGAACGAAGACGACGGCGUACCAUUUAGUGGCGUGGGGUUGCAGCCAGUCAAGCAACUGCGCACUUACAGAAUCGAGGACUCCAAGGCAGCAGGAGGCAAGAAAGACGUCGACAUGGAGGACCUUGCCAAGGCAUAUCAGUAUGGCAGGACCGUAGUCCCUUUCGGUAAGAGUGAGGAGGACUACCUGAAAUACGAGACAACGAAGAGUUUCACAAUCAUCGGCUUCGUUCCCAUGAGCAGCUAUGAGCCAUUCUUGAACAUGGGAGAGACAGGCCUCAUCGUUGCUCAAAAGGUAAACGAGGAAGCGGAGCUCGGUCUGUCGGCUCUUAUUCAUGCUCUCCAUGAGCUUGAGUCCUACGCUGUGGCCAGAUAUGUCAACAAAGAUAAAGCACCACCCCAAAUCCUUCUUCUUAAGCCAAAUCCGGCUAUCGAAGACGACAUUGAGUGCUUGUACGAUAUCCCGCUGCCGUUUGCGGAGGACGUCAGGAGUUAUCAGUUCCCUCCGUUGGACAAGGUGUUGACUAUCACGGGGAACGUACUCACGGAACAUCGCCUUCUACCCAACAAUGAUUUACAGCAGGCGAUGAGCGACUACGUCGAUGCAAUGGACUUGACUGAAUAUGGGCAGGAUGACGAUGGACACCCUGCGGAAUACGCGCCCAUUGAUGACCUGUAUAACCCCGUCAUCCACCACAUGAACCAAGCGAUCCGUAACCGCGCAGUGAACCCUGAUGCUCCUUUACCACCCGUAGCCGAAAUCCUCACACGCUUCACGCAUCCGCCUGAACCACUGCUAGCGAAAGCCAAGACAGAGAUCGACGGAUUGAUACAAGCAGCAGAAGUCAAGAAAGUACCCCCAAAAGUACAAGGCAAACGCGGCAGGAAAGACACCGUCAAACCUCUAUCCGGGCUGGACAUCGACGCCCUUCUCUCGGAGACCCGACCGCGAACGAAGAAGACGCCCAUUAUAUCCACGGAAAAUGCGAUUCCCGAAUUCAAACAAAUUCUGGAAACAGCCGAAGACGACGAGACCAUUGAAAUUGCCGCCAAGCAGAUGGGCAAUAUCAUUUGCAAGCUUGUCAGCGACAGCUUUGCGGAUGUGCUGUACCCGAGAGCUGCCGAGAACCUCCGGGUGAUGAGGGAGGAGCUAAUAAACAUGGAAGUUCCGACGCUUUACAACAAGUACAUUACAAAACUCAAAGAGAGCCUGCUCUCAGGUAACUUAAAUGGGGAUCGAAGGGAGAUGUGGUUCCGAUGGAUUGUUGGAGGGCGCUUGGGGUUGAUCACGCAGGAUGAAUCUGAAGUGUCGGAAGUCAGUGAGAAUGAGGCAAAGGCUUUUCUGAAGUGAGUAGUCCUAAUGCGUCCAGGUGGUCGGAAUUAGGGGAGCAAUAUCACGCAGCUUGUUGCUGGAAGGGAUUCAAGGAUGUCGAAAGCAGCCACGUCUUUCGAUUCCUACAUAGUCUACUAGGACUACACCGUGCAGAGCAAGUCUAUGGGAGGGUCGCUGACAGGUUCUGGAGAGGACACUGACGAAGAGCGGCAAAGGAAGCACCCCUUCAGUGCGCAAGAAGUCGGGUGAACAGGAGAACGGAGGGAUGCAUUUUCCGGAAGCAAGUGCAACUCAAGACACACAGUGUCAUGUGUUGUGGCACGAUAGAUUCGUGACCAGAUGAUAGGGCUUUUCGGCUUUGCUGCCCAACGUCUGUUCACCUCAUCUACUGCUCCAGGCUUGUUUAUUCGAUCAAUACGGCCGCCAAAUGUCAAGACUUUCAAGCAUUAUCUUGUUCAAGGCGGUGCAAGCGAAUGUAUACAAACAGCAUCUUUUUGGUCGAUAUUAUCUGGUUGUCGGUCUUAUGUGUGAUGCUUUGUUUACUUGUUCGUCACUCCCUCCGUCCUCCCAACGAAUUUGGGUCUGGCAUGCACAGUGCCAAUUCUGCUACCGGCAUUUAGGCAGACUACGCAUCCAUAGUAGUGCAACGACUAAUACACUUCAACUUAUCCAACCGUUUG